GAAAGCGAGAGGCAAAGAGAUGGCGGCCUUUUGGACGUGUCAGUUGAUGGUACAGUGAGUGGCACGAUAGGAGUAAGUAGGUAUCAGCAGAGGCCUAACUGAGCUAUCUUACCUCGAUCGCUAUUCCUUUCCGAGGGGCAAGAUGCGCACAGUCUUCGCUAUCGGCCUGGUGUUCCUCGGCUGCACUAGCAAUGUUGUGUUUCUGGAACUAUUGGUCAGGGAUUUUCCUGGAUGUGGAAACCUUGUGACGUUUGGACAGUUCCUGUUCAUAGCAUUGGAAGGUUUAAUUUUUCAAGCUCACUUUUUCACAAAGCCUCGGGCAAUCCCAUUAAGGAACUAUUUCAUCAUGGUCACCAUGUUUUUCAUCGUAAGUGUGGUCAAUAAUUAUGCCCUCAACUUCAACAUUCCAAUGCCUUUGCACAUGAUCUUCAGAUCAGGCUCUCUGAUAGCCAGCAUGGUAUUGGGAAUUAUCAUUUUAAAGAAAAGAUACACAAUUGCGAAGUACAUUUCAGUAGCUCUGGUUUCUUUGGGAAUUUUUAUCUGUACAUUCAUGUCUGCAAAACAAGUGUCUUCGCGUACAAGUGCAUCUGCUGAUGAGGGUUACUAUGUAUUUAUACGGUGGCUGAUAGGUAUUUUUAUGCUGACUUUUGCACUCUUCAUGUCUGCUAGAAUGGGACUUUUUCAAGAAACAUUAUAUAAGCAAUAUGGCAAACACUCUACAGAGGCAUUGUUUUAUAAUCAUUUCUUGCCAUUACCAGCUUUCCUCUUAUUUACCUCUGACAUUUACCAUCAUGGAGUUCUCUUCAACCAGUCUGAAUUGAUGGAGAUUGCACUCCUAGGAAUCACUUUACCAGUCAUGUGGUUUUACCUGGUGCUCAAUGUUCUAACUCAAUACAUUUGCAUCCGUGGUGUUUUUAUUCUCACAACAGAGUGCACAUCCCUGACAGUCACACUUGUUGUGACACUUCGCAAGUUCAUCAGUCUCAUUUUCUCUAUUGUCUACUUUAAAAACCCCUUCACCUUCUGGCACUGGUUUGGGACGGUAGUAGUUUUUAUCGGGACUCUCACUUAUGCCGAAGUUUGGAACACAUUCAAGUUGUUGUUCCACAGCAAGAGAAAAUUGCAAUAAUUUACUUCAUCACAGUAUAACCGGGUUCAGGCAUUCAGCCGAAACAUUCAGAGGAAAAAUAAGUGACUAUUAAGAACAAAUUUUAAUUCCUUGCUUACCUGUGAAAAUGCUAUUUUUGUAAAUGUAUGAUUUGUCUCAUUCCCUUAGUGAAUUUUUGAUCUGGCCAUGUCAGUUCUUUCUAUUGGAUUUGAAGGUAGUUUUUUUAUUAAAAAAAACAUGACAGAACCACAUGAAGGCACUUAAAAUAAUGCUUAAAAAGUACCGUAAUGAUUAGUUUUUUUUUCAAGUUUGGUGCUAUAACUUUUUAUUUAAACAUUUUGGUUGUAAAAUUUGGCUUCACUGCACUGUUGGUUUCGCAGCAUGGAAACUUAGUGACAAAAAUAUUGGCAGGGGAUCCAAAAGCACUGAUCAUGAUUUGACUGACAGUAAUGUGUGUAUGCUGUCAUGUACGGACAAUGUGCAGAGUAGAUAGACUGCCACCUGAUCUUACAUUUUGGUCCUGUUACUGUCUGUUAAACACACAUCUGAAUGUGCAUUCAGUUACACCAAAAACCGCAAACCUGUACUAUUUAUAGGUAUCUCUGUUCAGGUUUAAGGUAGGGGGGUGUUUUUGUGACUAUAUUUUUGCGAUACUGUGUCACUGGAGAAAAUUUUUUUUUUUAGUCAGAAGGCUAUCGAAGGCAAGGAGGUGUUUGAAAUAUCACGGCACAUGUUGGCCUUGAGUGUAUCACCAGAUUCCUGCUCCCCUGGGGGAAAAAAAACAGCCCCUGUUUCCUCAGGCUUCCUCCUCUUUCUCUCCCACUUGUCCAGACAAUCACAUGUUCUCUUGGUCUAAAUUCUGAAACAAAACACCAGAAAUUCAACCAUUCCAUGCUGACUUUAUGUAACAUUUCUAAUAAUACAUUGAAUACCUCAUUGCUCACCUUUGUAAUUUCCCUUGGGGCAUUUGUCUGGUGUAGUGUUCCUACACAGUGCUACCUCAGUGAUAACUACACUGAUGUCUGACAGAUGGUAGGCUGCUAAAAUACAUUGGUGGUGGGAAGACUGCAGAUGACUUUCAGGAUGCCAUUGAGUAGCUCUGGGAUUGAGGGCCCAUCUCCAGACUGUACCAGCUCAGCAGCAGCAGUGGCAGAAGCACCAAUGCUGUCAUCCUGAAACAGACAGCAGGUCUGUGCUCCACAGAACCACUCAUACUUCCCCAGAGUGGAAUUUCAGUAAUUUACAGAUUCUACAGUACAAACUGUUAUGAGACCCAGCAAGGCUAUUUAAGCAUUGUUUUCCCCAACAUGAUGUCAACAAAUAAACUGCUCUCUAGGUUCCUGUUGCAGAACUCAUCCAUUGAUUGAUUUCUGCUUAUGUUACACGAGUUCAUGCAUUGACCAUCACGUAUGUGUCCAAAAAUGUUGCCUUGAAUGGGCUGCAAGGUUUGUGCAAAUCCCUGCAUCCGUUUACAACUGGAUUUCGCCACACUCCUUGACAGCGAUGACAAGCUGUCUCACAGAUCUGCCAAGCCAUCAAAUAGACUUUUUACCCAGUCAGUCUUUUCCUUUACCUCAUGGAAGUCUGGUCUGCAGCAGAAUUCAUCUGCAAUUUUGUGCUUGUCUGAAGAACCUCCUGGCCCAUUACAGAAGUAUAACCUGUUUUCCUUUGUCCCUAUUGAACUGAAGCCUCUAGUGACACAUCUCCUUCACUUUAAUUUGCUACUCCAUAGGUACACUUCUUUCCUCCUUGGGAAGUUUCUCCUAGUUAAUUCUAGCAUCUGCUGCAGCCAGAGGGUAUGUGGGUUCUCUCUUGAGUAUCUAGCCACUGAGUGUGCUUAACGUUGGGCUGAACAUCACAUGCAUGGAACUAUUGAGGGUGGGGUAAUUAUCCUUCAUGAUCUCUCUGCCCACUAAUGGGCAUUAUUGCAUUCGAUUGCAUUUAAUCUUUGACAAGGCUGGAUUCAGUACUGAGGAACUGGACAGUAUAAGUAGAAUAACAGAUUGGGUUAAUGGACUGAGGGGUUGGGAAGUGUUUUAGGUUAACUGCCAGUUUGCGUGGUGUGGUGGUUUAACACACAGUCUGGGUGAUAAAGUGAGAUAGCAUUCAAGGUCUGGUGAUGUGAUGGAUUAAUGGACCGAGGGUUUGGGUGUUGCAAGAGGUAAACACACUGAGAGACUGGACUGUGCAGUGGUCUGUAUGGCCAUCUCCUGCUCUUUAAUUUCUUGGAGGUGUGGAGUCACCAUUUAUAUGAAAUGUUAAUUUAAUUGUAUAGAAUAAAUGUCAACAAUAUAUAAUGUGUAUAAUUUUUGUACAGGUGAUAUACCAACACUCUGUAGACUUGAUUAAUUUAGAUAGUUAAAAGGCAGAAACUGAAAUCGAAUGAAUUUAUCUAAGAAAGAACCACCGAUAGAUAAUGUUCUGUUGGAACUCCUUUGCUAUUAAUUAUGUUUAUGUUGAAAAUAAGUGAUAAAAGUUGUUACAAUUUUCACACAAUUCUCAAUAGUACAAAGACUUGGAAUGAAUAUCUACACAAUCUUUGCUGCACUUCAAAGGUAAUUCAUUAUGUGAAGCCCUCCAGUGUUUACGUGAAAGUGCUGUAUAAUAGCAACUAUUUGUUUUACAACUAUAAAGGACUGGUAUUACCAGAAAUGCUAAUGGUAGUGACUUUAUUAAUAGACAGUUUUCUGAAAUGAAAAAUCAUUGCUCACUUUCUUUGCUCCUGUCCUUCCUUAUCCCAGUGAAACUUGUUUUUGUUUAAUCAUCUGCAAAAUCAAUAACUAAAGACCAUCACCCAGACUGUCUUUUCCAGCAAUGUUAUAACGAUUUAUACGGUUCAAAACAUCUGCCUGGGGAUAUCUAUUUUGUGUGCCACCCUCCCUUCAUAAACUGCUAAGUGGGGUGUAUUCUUCAUUUAUGAUGUCAAAUCAAGUUAUUCACUGUCUGCCUGCGGUGUUAAAAAGCUACCAAGGACGACUUAAAACUGGUUUUAACAAAAAGCAGUUGUUUUGCCUUCAUAGCAGUUGGACCUCUGUAACAUAUCUAUAGAUAAACCUUUGUCUUGAUGAGGCUGCUAUUAAGGAUACCUGAUUGAUUUUUUUUCUUGUUUGUCUGAAAUCCAAUGCAAUGUAAUAUGUAUUGAUCAACCUGCUCUUUUGAGUUCAGUAUCUCAACUGCUUUCAUAUGUGGUAUAGUGCAUUGUGUCAUCAUGUUACCUCAAUAAAAUGCACAUUGUUCAAUUGCA